AAAAACCAUGUCGUUGUCCACCUAUGUCGUUUUUGUUGCCCUUUAUCACAAAUCAACAAAUUGUUAAUCCAAUCCCACUCCUUUCCCCGCUUCGCACCACAAAACCCUAAACUUCCGAUCAAGCUCCGGCCAUGUCGUCAUCUAAAGAUGCCGAUCCGUCACUCGGAUACCUGACUCGGAAAGACACGGAGGUAAAACUUCCCCGUCCAACACGUGUCAAGAACAAAACACCAGCUCCAGUUCAAAUCACUGCCGAGCAAAUUCUCCGGGAAGCACGUGAGCGUCAAGAAGCUGAAAUCCGACCGCCGAAACAGAAAAUCACCGACACAACAGAACUCGCAGACUAUCGUCUCCGUAAAAGAAAAGAAUACGAAGACCUAAUUCGACGCGUUCGAUGGAACAUUGGUGUAUGGAUAAAAUACGCUCAGUGGGAAGAGUCACAGAAGGAUUUCAAUCGUGCGAGGUCAGUAUGGGAACGUGCAUUAGAAGUUGAUUAUAGGAAUCAUACAUUAUGGUUAAAAUAUGCAGAAGUUGAAAUGAAAAAUAAAUUUAUUAACCAUGCUAGAAAUGUAUGGGAUAGAGCAGUUACUCUACUACCUAGAGUUGAUCAAUUGUGGUAUAAAUAUAUUCAUAUGGAGAAAAUGCUUAAUAAUAUAGCCGGUGCGAGGCAGAUUUUUGAAAGAUGGAUGAAAUGGAUGCCGGAUGCACAAGGUUGGAUUAGUUACAUCAAUUUCGAGAAGGAUCAUAACGAAAUUGAACGUGCUAGAGAUAUUUUUGAAAGGUUUAUCCAGUGUCAUCCGAAAGUUAGUGCUUGGAUUAGGUAUGCUAAGUUUGAGAUGAAAAGUGGGGAGAUUGCGAGGGCGAGGAAUGUGUACGAACGUGCUAUUGAGAAGUUGGCUGAUGAUGAGGAAGCAGAGGAGUUGUUUGUUGCAUUUGCUGAGUUUGAAGAGAAAUGCAAGGAGACCGAGCGGGCUCGGUGUAUUUACAAGUUUGCUUUGGAUCAUAUACCGAAAGGUAGAGCUGAGGAUUUGUAUAGGAAGUUUGUUGCGUUUGAGAAACAAUACGGUGACAAGGAAGGUAUUGAAGAUGCUAUUGUGGGCAAACGUAGGUUUCAGUAUGAAGAUGAGGUGAGGAAGAAUCCAUUGAAUUAUGAUUCUUGGUUUGAUUAUAUUAGGUUAGAAGAGAGUGUUGGGAACAAAGAGAGGAUAAGAGAGGUUUAUGAGCGUGCUAUUGCAAAUGUGCCUCCAGCCGAGGAGAAGAGAUACUGGCAGAGAUACAUCUAUUUGUGGAUAAAUUAUGCGCUUUAUGAAGAACUGGAUGCAGAUGAUGUUGAGAGAACGCGUGAUGUCUACAGGGAAUGUCUCAACCUAAUCCCACACAAGAAGUUCUCUUUUGCAAAGAUAUGGCUUUUAGCUGCUCAGUUUGAAAUACGACAGUUGAAUCUCAAGGGUGCUCGUCAAAUUUUAGGCAAUGCCAUUGGCAAAGCUCCCAAAGACAAGAUAUUUAAGAAAUAUAUUGAGAUAGAGCUGCAACUUGGUAACAUUGACCGGUGCAGAAAGCUUUAUGAGAAAUAUUUGGAGUGGUCAUCAGAAAACUGCUAUGCCUGGAGCAAAUAUGCAGAGCUUGAGAGAUCCUUGGCUGAAACUGAACGUGCACGGGCAAUUUUUGAGCUUGCAAUAGCACAACCAGCCUUAGACAUGCCAGAGCUGUUGUGGAAGGCAUAUAUUGAUUUUGAAAUGUCUGAAGAAGAAUAUGACAGAACGCGGCAGCUCUACGAGAGACUGCUGGACCGAACAAAGCAUUUGAAAGUUUGGAUCAGUUAUGCUAAAUUUGAGGCAUCUGCAAUGGGAGAGGUCGUUGAGGGUACAGAAUCAGAAGAAGACCAGAAAAGGAAGUGUAUUCAAAAUGCAAGAAGAGUCUUUGAGAAAGCCAUCAACUACUUUCGAACAUCAGCACCUGAAUUGAAGGAAGAACGAGCUAUGCUGUUGGAAGAAUGGCUGAAUAUUGAGACCAGUUUUGGCGAAUUGGGUGAUGUUAAAUUAGUCCAAGCCAAAUUGCCUAAAAAACUCAAGAAGAGGAGACCUAUUGCUUUAGAAGAUGGCCCUGCCGGGUUGGAGGAAUACAUAGACUAUAUUUUCCCAGAAGAAACUCAGGCCCCAAAUCUUAAGAUCUUGGAAGCUGCAUACCGCUGGAAGAAGCAAAAGCUUUCUGCCGAUGACUAGUGUCACUCUUCCUUGGUAGUACGAUUCAUUCUAAAUGUCGAUAAUGAGGUGCUCGUGUAUGUUGGAUUAAAAUAUAUCUUGGCCUUUGUACAUUAUUUCCUUAAAGCUAUUGUCGUUGGAAAAAUUUGGUAGAGAAAGUAUACAAUAGUAAUUUAGGGAAUGUGUUAGAACUAUACAAAGCUUUCUUAUGAUUUGUAUCAGACAAUAUGAAGCAUGUGGCGUUGGAAACUUGUUGGAAGACACUAAUGGCUGAGUUGAACUUGCAAUCAUUACAACAGUGGAUUGCGGUGCGUAUUCCCCACUCUGUAAAAUAAUUGAAGACGAAUUCCAAAAUUUGCAAGUUUUUGAGCUCUA